AUGUCGACGCUUUCACGUACUCUCGGCUACCUGCGCCGCAUUGGCAUCAAGGAAUACUGGCAUCAACUGAACUACAUCGGUGACACCAAGGCCGGCACCCUCAUGGGCGUCGACAAGGCCGGAAACAAGUACUACGAAAACAUGGAAGAGGAGCUGCCACUGCGCACCCGUUGGAUCGACUACAAGAAGCGUGACUAUGAUCCUGGCCAGAUCGAGCCUCUGUGGCACGCAUGGCUCUCUUACUCCGUCGACCAGCCGCCUACACAGGAUCCCUUGAUGGCACUGGCUGAUUCUCGCCCGUGGGUCACCCUGGAGCACAAGCCCAACUACACGGCCACCCGCGGUGCCUUUAAGACCUACAACACAACCAAGCCCAAGAUCAGCUCCUGGGAGCCGAUCGCUGCGCCGCGUCAAUAG